AUGACCGAGCAAAUCAUCAAAAACGAUCUCCUGCACUCUCAAAUCCCUGGAGUUCCUAAACCUCCUGCUGUGAUUCCGAUGCCUUAUCAGAACUUUCACAGUCCAGCUUUACCAGCGAGCUCGAGCAUUUGGCGUCCGUUUGAGAUGUCUGACGGACUUAAAAGGCCCACAUCUGUUGGUGACUCCAUUUCUGGUGCAAGCUCCGUUUCGGAGCUUACUGUCGAAGCUCUCAAACAAGCCCCGAUAACGUCACUUCCGAUUCCCACUCUGAUGGGAUCACUUCCCGGAAUGCUCCCCGGAGCUCUUCCUCUUCUGGCAGCGAGAAUUCAGGCGCAGGCUCAGGCUCAAGUACAAGCAGCUCAACUUCAUCAGCUUCAGGUGGAGGCGCAAAUCAUGGCGAGACGAGAAAUUCUUCAAAGAACUGCUUCUGCGAAUCAGCCAAACGCGUUGAAUCUCUUGAACCAAACGAGCAUUGUGAACAACGCCCUGAUCCAGCGCCUUCAAAGUUCUUAUCAAUCGGCUCUCCUUCCUUCCGCGCAUCCACCCGCAACUCAAGUCAAAUCAGAGCCGAAGCCAUCCUCCUCCGAUUCAACAGGAGAUCUCGACUCGCCAAAAAGCUCCAUCUCCGUCGAUCCAAAGUCGAAUCGCAGCUCGCCGAUCACUUCAGAGCCGUCCCGCUUAAACUUACAGUCCAUUCUCUUGGCCAAACUUCAAUCGCAAGCCCGAAAUGCCUCCCUCAGCGAUUCGACAAGUCCGAUCAUUUCUAAUGCUCCAGCUAGUCCGUCAGAAAUCACUCAGAAAGCGGAGUCGGCGUCUUCCCCACCUCCUCUCCCUCUUCAGCCCGGAUGCUCCACGCCCUGUUCGAGCUCAAUGACGUGCUCGAGUAGCAAUCCAGCAACACCGACUCUUUCCCUUGGCCCAACUCUCGGCGGCGUGACAACGAUUGCCCAGGAUCUGUCCCAGCCGCAGCCGAUGUUCUCCUGUCCCGUCUGCCAAAAAAUCUUCACCACCUCUCACGGGUUAGAGAUUCACUCUCGUCGGGUGCACGGAAUAACGCCUCAAAUACGCACUUCGCAGAUCGAACUUGGAGUUCAUCAACCCUCGGUUUCAAGACACAAUGGGCUCAAAAUAUUCCAGUGCCAUAUUUGCAACAAACAAUUCAAGCGGAGCUCUACUCUGUCCACUCAUCUUCUGAUUCACACAGAUACACGGCCAUUUCCGUGCAAAUUCUGCGGCAAACGAUUCCACCAAAAAUCAGACAUGAAGAAGCAUACCUACACCCACACAGGGGAAAAGCCGCACAAGUGCCGUGUCUGUGGAAAAUCCUUCUCCCAGAGCUCGAAUCUCAUAACGCAUAUGCGAAAACACGACAAUAUUGCUCCCUUUGCCUGCCGAAUCUGCCCAAAUACUUUCCAGCGAAAGGUCGACUUGCGACGCCACGUGGAAACCGACCACAGUCUAAAAUUCGAAGGCUGA